AUGAUACAAAUCACAAACUGUACUUUUGGUCAAGAAUUUACAACUUGCCUGAUUCAUACUUUGGAAGGCUAUCAAGACUGUCGGACAUAUAUUUUGGUGUUGUUAGUAACUGCAUUCAUAUUAAAUUAUGCCAACUGUUUUGCACUGUUCCUAUUCUAUUUUAAUUUCUCUUUCUAUGCCAUUUAUAAAAAACUGUAUAACCUGCCAGAAGAUGUUUCUAGAAAAGAAUGGGACAGGCCAAGAUAUUUGAUGGCAUCUAUUAUGACUUUGCUGGGGAAAGUGUUGCACGGUUAUGAGCUCUGUGGAACUGAAAAUCUACCAGAAGGCCCAGGACUUGUGAUCUAUUACCAUGGAGCCCUGCCUAUGGACUGUGCCUUUUUUUCCCACAAACUCUACAUCAUCAAAAGAAGAGUCUGUGUCAUUGUGGUAGAUCAUUUUGUUGAAAAUUUCCCAUGUUCAGAAUUGUUCCAAAGGGUCUAUGGUGUGUGUAAGACAAGGGAAGAAUGUGUUGAAAUGCUAAAGAAAGGUCAUCUAGUAUCUAUUGCACCAGGUGGACUUCGAGAGCAAAACUAUGGAGAUAACACUUAUAGACUUAUCUGGGGGAAUCGUAAAGGGUUUGCUCGAGCAGCCAUAGAUGCAAAAGUGCCAAUCAUACCGAUGUUUACACAAAAUAUCCGGGAAGGAUACAGAACAUAUGGAAAUAUAUGGCCAAUGAGAUGGCUUUAUGAAAGGGUACGAUAUAUAUUCUUUCCAUCAUAUGGGUUCAUUCCAGUUAAACUUCGAACCCAUAUUGGAGAGCCCAUUCCAUAUGAUCCAAAUAUAACUGUUGAAGAACUGGUUGAAAAAACAAAAAUGGCCAUAGAAGCCUUACGGGACAAACAUCAGAAAAUACCAGGAAGCAUAGCAAGAGCUCUUUGGGAGCGCUUUGAGAAACAUCACAAAGAGAAAUAGUGUGAAUAUGAACUACCCAGAUGGAACUGAAGAUAAAUAUGAAAUUGUUGUCUUGCAUAUCUUAUACUAACCUUCACCUUACCAUUCCCAGCACUCCCAUUCCAGUCUCAGUACUUUCAUUGAGCCUUUGUUAUUUGUUCUAAAU